AUGCCGUCACCGGACGCGGCGGCGAGGCACACGGGCGCCGGCGUGGCGCGUCGGCAGGCCCACCACGAGCGGAUGCGCGACGAGCGCGCUCGGGAAGCGGCCGCGGGCGACGCGGAGCUUCCGCCGGAGGACGACGCGGUCGAGAUGGCGAGCGCCGUCCACGUGCUGGACAGCGUGGCGGAGGUGGGCCCGAACUACACCCUGCUGCGCAGCAAGGAGACGAAGGCGAUGCGCCGGAAGCGAAAGCGCGAGGAUGCCAGGGCGGCGCUCGACGGCCUAACUAUAAGGAUUAAGGUAAACUUCUCCACACACACGAGCUUCGGCUGA